AUGUUAGACAUUAGUUUGUUUAGAAAUGAAAAAGAUCUUGAAAGAGUAAAAGAGAGUGAAAGGAAGAGAUUCAAAGACGUAAGUGUAGUAAGUAGAGUAGCAGAAGUUGAUGCAGAACUAAUCAAAGCACAAUAUGAAUACGAACAUCUCUGUAAGGAAAUUAACACCAGAAUCAAGAAUAUUGGAGUUGAAUUGAAGAAGAAACCAUCUGAUAAAGAGACUAUUCUGAAGAAAUACGAUACGUCAGACCAGAAAGAGACAAAGUUAGAACUCAGUAGACGUAUUGAAUCACUAACAUCCGAAUUAUCAAUUAAGCUCUCUUCAAUUGGUAACAUUUUAGAUGAAAGUGUUCCAGUCUCUAAGACAGAAGAUGGCAACAAAACAGUGAGAGAAUAUCACAAUGAGAAUCUCCCAACCACUUCACUACCAUUUGCUGAGUUGAUGGCACCAUUCACCAAUUCAGAAGCAGGAUCAGCCGUAUUUGGUCAUAGAGGAUAUUUCUUAAGUGGAAAAAUGGCACAACUUGCAACUGCCCUGAAAGUAUACGCUGGUACAUUUUUACAUCGUAGAGGAUUCACUCCAAUUCAAACUCCUGUGAUGAUGAGAAAAGAAGCCAUGAGCAAAACAGCACAGUUGAGUGAUUUUGAUGAACAAUUGUACAACAUCACUGAUCAAGAACUCUAUUUAAUUGCUACAUCAGAACAGCCAUUGACUGCUCUAUUCAUGAAUAGGCGACUUACAGAUGCUGAUCUUCCAAAAUUGUAUGCAGGUGAAUCACUCUGUUUCAGGAAAGAAGCUGGUGCUCAUGGGAAAUACAGUCAAGGGAUAUUCAGAGUUCAUCAAUUUGAGAAGAUUGAACAAUUUGUGAUUUGUAAGGCAGAAGAAUCAAAUGACUAUCAUGAGAAGAUGAUGCGUACAGCUGAAGAAUUCUACGAAUCACUUGAUAUUCCAUAUAGAACUGUUCUGAUUGCAUCUGGUGAGAUGAAUGAUGCUGCAUCCAAGAAAUAUGAUUUAGAAGCAUGGUUUCCUAAUGCUCAAAAAUUCAUGGAAUUGGUUAGUGCUUCAAAUUGCACUGAUUAUCAAUCAAGGAAUCUUAACGUAUACUAUGGAUACGCAGCUAAGAAAGGACAGAAACCUGAAUACGUCCAUAUGUUGAAUGCAACUCUUUGUGCAGUACAAAGGACACUUUGUUGUAUUGUUGAGAACUAUCAAACUGAGGAUGGAAGAAUAAGAGUACCAGAUGUGCUGNACAGAACUGUUCUGAUUGCAUCUGGUGAGAUGAAUGAUGCUGCAUCCAAGAAAUAUGAUUUAGAAGCAUGGUUUCCUAAUGCUCAAAAAUUCAUGGAAUUGGUUAGUGCUUCAAAUUGCACUGAUUAUCAAUCAAGGAAUCUUAACGUAUACUAUGGAUACGCAGCUAAGAAAGGACAGAAACCUGAAUACGUCCAUAUGUUGAAUGCAACUCUUUGUGCAGUACAAAGGACACUUUGUUGUAUUGUUGAGAACUAUCAAACUGAGGAUGGAAGAAUAAGAGUACCAGAUGUGCUGAAGCAGUACGUUGAUUUUGAAUUAAUUUGA